UCUCCACGAGAGACCACAACAACAAGUUGCUCUCUUCUUCGUCGUUUGCCAGCUCCGUGAUACAAGGAGUUUCAAACACAAAUUUCAAUCGCGUGUCGGAUCGUACGCAAGUGUGAUAGUAAGAACAAAUACCUCAUGGCGGUGCUUACUACUGUGCAAGAAGUCCGCGAGAUCACUAAGAUUGAACGCAUUGGCGCUCAUUCUCAUAUCAGGGGUUUAGGACUCAAUGACAGUUUAGAACCUCGCAAUGUAUCUCAAGGUAUGGUUGGCCAGCUUAUGGCACGCCGGGCUGCCGGUAUUGUUCUGGAAAUGAUUAAAGAUGGCAAAAUAGCAGGUCGUGCUGUUCUGUUGGCUGGACAGCCUGGAACAGGGAAAACUGCUAUUGCUAUGGCAUUGGCACAAGCUCUGGGCAUGGAUACUCCAUUUACAUCAAUGGCUGGUUCUGAAAUUUAUUCAUUGGAAAUGAGCAAAACGGAAGCGCUGACUCAGUCUAUCAGAAAGUCCAUUGGACUUCGAAUUAAAGAGGAAACAGAAAUUAUAGAGGGUGAAGUUGUGGAGAUUCAGGUUGACAGACCGGCAACAGGUGUUGGAGUAAAAGUUGGCAAGUUGACAUUAAAAACAACAGAGAUGGAAACAAUUUAUGAUUUGGGAAAUAAAAUGAUCGACUGUUUAAUGAAAGAAAAGGUACAAGCCGGCGAUGUUAUAACAAUUGACAAGGCAACGGGAAAAAUUAACAGACUUGGACGUUCCUUUACCAGAGCUCGAGAUUACGAUGCUACUGGCUCACAAACGCGUUUCGUACAGUGCCCAGAGGGCGAAUUGCAAAAACGCAAAGAAGUUGUUCAUACAGUGUCUCUGCACGAGGUCGACGUGAUAAAUAGUAGAACUCAUGGAUUUUUGGCAUUGUUUUCUGGAGACACCGGAGAGAUUAAAUCUGAAGUACGCGAACAAAUAAACGCCAAAGUCGCCGAAUGGCGGGAGGAAGGCAAAGCGGAAAUAGUUCCGGGUGUACUUUUUAUCGACGAAGUGCACAUGUUGGAUAUCGAGUGCUUCUCAUUUCUCAAUCGAGCCUUGGAAAACGAAAUGGCUCCAGUUGUGAUUAUGGCAACAAACAGAGGAAUUACGAGAAUUAGAGGAACAAAUUACAAGAGUCCUCAUGGCAUUCCAAUUGAUCUGCUGGAUCGUAUGAUUAUCGUCCCGACCACUCCGUAUCAAGAAAAAGAACUCAAAGAAAUCUUAAAGAUAAGAUGCGAGGAAGAAGACUGCGAAAUGGCUGAUGACGCUUUGACUGUGUUGACGAGAAUUGCUUUGGAAACAUCGUUAAGAUACGCGAUACAGUUAAUCACAACAGCUUCUCUUGUUAGCCGUAGGAAAAAGACUACGGAAGUCAGUAUCGAAGACGUGAAACGCGUGUACUCUUUAUUUCUCGAUGAGAACAGAUCUACGCAGUUUCUUAAGGAAUACCAGGACGACUUCAUGUUCAACGAAUUCUCUGUUUCAACCGGCGAAAGUAUGGAUGUUACUUUAUAAUGAGACACUGAGACAAAUCACCGGCACGUACAAUUUCUAGUGUACAGAUCUAAUUUUCUGUAUUAUACCACGUUUAGUGAUAUUUUAUACAUUAAAGAAGUUAACACACAAAGUUCUAUUCAAAACACUUUAACUCCCUUAGACCAUCUUUAUGACAAUUUGGUACAAGCAUUGUCUUUGCUUCCUCCCACGUGUUAGCAUCGCAUUUUUGUCAAAAAUAAACGUGUGUCUUAUAU